CUACCUGAGCCAGGAGCUGUCCUCUCCGCACCAUGGGACACACCUCUCUUCAGCUGCAGGGGAAAGCAGGAAACCACCGUGUGACUGUAUUGUCAAAGGAUUUUCUGCACGGGCUUCUGUUAUUUUUUUUCGCGUCUGCAGAUUUCUGAACUAUGCAAACUUGUAAGAAGCUGUUCACAUCACUGUUACGUGACUUGAGAUGAAGUAAAUAACUACUUGAUCCCUUUCUACGGAUUUAAACACAACUACGGAUUUAAAAUGAGUGUCGUAUCUUGGAAAUGUGCUUUUUACUCAUUUAGUUUUUUUGCUAUAUUUUUGGACAUUAGGACAGGUGCAACACUGGAAGGUUCCUCUAUGGGACACCUUAGUCUGCCUUAUAGUGAGGAACCUGCGGCGUUUCCACACAUCGUUCGGCUGUCUGAUGUGAAGGUGUCACACGAAGGCCACGCAGUCAUCUCUCGAAAGAAAAGGAACAUCCUUUUCCCGAGUGGGGUCAAACUGUGCGCACAAGAAACCGCUCCGCAGGUUGUUGCGAACCAUCUGAGCUACUUUCAUCUGAGAGUGUGCCAGGAGACCACAUGGGAGGCUUUCAAGAUCUUCUGGGACCGACUCCCGGAGCAAGACGAGUACCAAAGCUGGAUGAGCCAGUGCCAGGAAGGCACAGUCACGGCACAAGAUAUUGGCAGCUACUUCAGCGAGUCGGACGAGCACAAGGCUCUGGUUAAAAGGAGGAUGUUGCUGCAGGGUUUGAAAAGUGAGCCCACCAGGUCCUGGCAGCAUUUGUGCAGCACUCCAACACCAGUCACAUCGGAAGCUACUGCAGCGCCAGAGCUCGAAGAUGCAGCGAAGGAAGAGGAGGGGGAGGAAGCAGUCACCAUCAUUCCGGAGGUGGUGGAGAGUACGCUGGACAAUGACAUUGCCGCGCAGCCUCCAACACCUGUCGUACUGGAGCAGGUGGUGGAGCUCAGCAUCCUCCUGACCGAGGAGAUGUACAGCGUCGACCUCGAGGAUCCUGCCAGCCUCCAGUUCCAAACGCUCAGCCGACAGCUUGCCGAGAAGAUAGAGGAUGCUUUGGAGACGCUUCCUGGAUUCAAGAGUGUGUCUGUGCUGGACUUCAGGCCUCAGAAGGACAGCCAAGGGCCGGAUGGUGUGGUGGCGGACUUCGCCGUCACAGUGGCGGUGGAUGCAGCCGGGGUGAGCAAUGACCAACUGGACUACCUGACCUUGCAGUCGAACCAGGUGGAGAACUCGUACCGCAAGGUCAAGGAGCCGCCCACGGUGGCGUACGCCAUCAGCGAGGUCAAAAGCAUCGUCACCGAGGCCCUGCAUGAGAACGAGCCGGAGAGCGUGUCUGAAAUCCCAGAGUCUGUCAACGCCGCAGACGGAGCCGUGGUGAGUGUUGUCGAUGAGUCGCAGGAGGUCACGAUCUGGGUAGAGGACGUCGAAGAUGACGACCUGCCGGAGUCCUCUGAAACCAUCACAGCGGCGACGUCAGGAAAUGACGUCGUCGUUCUGGAGGAGAGCACUGUUGUGUCUGCUGCUCCUCUCCUGAUCACCAGUGCACCUGGAACUGACAGCAUGGAGGAGGAGGGUCUGCUGCUGGAGGACACUGUGCAGACUCCUGCUGUUGAGAACCCCAUACCCGAGGAGCUCCCAGCUGAACUUCCCUCCCCUGAGCUGCCAGAGGAUUUCACAUUGCCUGAACCGCCGGUGGAGAUCGAGGCCUCCGGCUUGGAUCUGCAGGACCUGCUACAGCCAACUACAGCCGGCAUAGAAGAAGAAGACAAAGAAGAAGAAGAAGAAGAAGAAGAAGAAGAAGAUGAGGGUGUGUCUCUUGCGGAGACUGCUACAGAAGACGAACUGAUAACAGCAGAUGUUGCUGUAGAUGCAGGUGACGUAUCAGAUUCUGUCUCAAAUGCAGUGGAAGAAGAACCCACUGCUGCAGACAAGGUGACCCUGGAAGACCUUCCCAUUGAGGUUGUUGAGAAUGAGGUGGAGAUUCGAGAGGAGCUGGAGAGCGCCACAAUUACAACCACAGAGGAAGAAAGCCUGCCUGCCCUAGUCCCACCUCCUGAGGCUGUAGAUAUAGUGAGCGAGGCAUCAGAGCCAGAGUCGGCCGAAACUGAUCUUCUUCCUGUUGAUGAAGAGUCGAUGGAGGGGACAAUUGAAGAUUCAGAUCUCACAGACGUUCCUCCUGCACAUGAGGAGACAAACCCUGAAGAAGCAGCCAUAAGUGUGGUGUUUGAAAAUCUUGAACCAUCUGAAAAUGGUGAGGAAUCUGUAUUUGAAGAUCACGGUGUGGAGGAAGCGACACAGAGCGAAGGACAAGAGGUGAUGGUAGACUCAGAAACACCUGAAGAGACAGAGGCCCCAGGAGCUCCCUCGAUCUCAAAGGAAGAUCUCACAGAGGAUGAGGUCUUACUGGUGAACAAGGACGAAUCAGAACCACCAGUGACGGAUUCCUUGAGCCCCGUCCAACCAACCGCCCUGUCUCCAGAGAGGGAGUCGCCUUUCACCCGUGUCUCUGAAGCGAACCCUGCCCCUGAGGGGCAACCUGACAUCUUCAUCCCUUCACUGGUCGAGAUCCAGACCUCUAUAGAAGGCUUGGAUGAUGCCACCAUCGGAGACCCGGGCUUUGAGGUGAUUCAUUACGGUUAUGGUUUGAUCAACCACACAGAGGAGGGCAGCACUGGAUUCCCGUCCGGUGUGGCAGACGGCACCGACCAGGCCAGCAUCGCCAUGCCCGUGAACCCCGGACGAGCACUGAUGGUGUUCUUCAGCCUGAGGGUGACCAACAUGAUCUUCUCAGAUGAUCUCUUCAACAAGAGCUCCGCGGAGUACAAAGCUUUGGAGCAACGCUUUCUAGAGCUGCUCGUGCCCUACCUGCAGUCCAACCUGAGUAACUUUGAGAACUUGGAGAUCCUGAACUUCAGGAACGGAAGCAUUGUGGUGAACAGCCGGAUGAAAUUUGGGAAGCCUGUGGCUCAAGCCGUCACCACCACUGUCUAUCUGAUCCUGGAAGACUUCUGUAACACAGCCUACCAGACCAUGAACCUGGCCAUCGAUAAGUACUCGCUGGAUGUCGAGUCCGGUGACCAGGCCGACCCCUGUAAAUUCCAGGCGUGUAACGAGUACGCGGAGUGCAAGGUGAACAAGUGGUCGGGGGAGGCCGAGUGCGUCUGUAACGCCGGCUACUUCAGCGUGGACGGCCUGCCCUGUCAGAGUAUCUGUGAGCUGCGGACUGACUUCUGCCUCAACGACGGCAAGUGUGACAUCAUCCCCGGCCAGGGAGCCAUCUGCAGGUGUCGCGUCGGGGAGAACUGGUGGUACCGAGGAGAACACUGUGAGGAGUACGUGUCCGAGCCCCUGGUGGUUGGCAUAGCGGUCGCUUCCGUGGCUGGCUUCCUAUUGGUGGCCUCAGGAGUGAUCUUUUUCCUGGCCAGGACGCUACGGGAUCAGUAUGACAAGGAUGAGUCAGAGGAUCCAAUAAGGGGAGCAGAGAGUCUCCCGUCUCUGGAGAGGGCGACCAAGUACAAUCCAAUGUAUGAGAGUGAGGCCACCACAGGCUACAGCCACUACUACCGCCGCUAUCCCGAAUUUCCACAUUACAGCAGUGCCAGCGCCGAGGCUUCCACUGACUUCAGCAGUGAGGAGAUACGGCACAUCUACGAGAACAGUGAACUGACCAAGGAGGAAAUCCAAGACAGGAUACGCAUCAUUGAGCUCUACGCUAAGGACCGGCAGUUUGCAGACUUUGUACGGCAGCAUCAAGCUGUGCUGGAGACCUGCAGAGAGGGCUCCUCUGCACAGACCUGAACCUCGGCCGUGGACAACAAGAAACAUGCCUCUGGGCUCCUGUCACCUUUUCUUCUUGGCCAUGGUUCUCGGAGCCUGGACCGCACUCUUUAAAAGGACUGCCAUUCGGUACAAGAUUAUUUUCCUAGCAAAAGGCCCCUCUCUCGUCGUCUGCGUCUGUCCCUGCCUGUGUGGGCAGAGGUGUUGACUGUUCUUCCUCCUACCUCUGUGCCUUCUUCUCUUGACUGGGUGAGCUGGCUGUGACAUCAAGGGAUGUUUUUGUUUUUUUUGCUGCUCGUCUACCGGACAUCUCCCUUUGAGUACAAAGUGGACCGCAUCCUGUUACUUGAAAUGUUGACAGACACGAGUAGAAAUACUGUAGAAGUACUUUUGUCGUUGGUGGCUUUUUGUUUCAUCGUAAUCCCAUUUGUCCAUUAUUAAAAAGGGAAAAUCUUACAACUGUAAAUACGUAUACAGUGUUACUGUGAGGGUGUUUGCUAGUUAGGAUAUUACUUAAAUACAGUUUUCUCUAAUCUCUUGUCUCCACAAGGUUCAGAUUGACUGUGGGUCUUCCUCAGAGAGGCAUUGGGAAAGUUGCUGGAUUUUAAUCAAUGGUGCUAUCUUAAUUCAAAAUACUCUUUGAAAUAUAGUGGUCUGUAAUGACUAAUUUUUACAAUUUAAUAGCGACAACAAAGGAUCAACUCUGUAUAGCUGCUUUCCGACAUGCACUGAAGUGAAUCUGAAAAUUUUCGGUAUGUGAAAAUGUCUAGAACUUUUCCAGUUCGGCCCCUGAUAACAUUUCUUGGAGAAUUCACAGUGAGCGAGUUGGCGUGUUGAUGACCGUAAACAAAAAGCAUUGCUUUCCACAGCGUAAUUAUCGCCAAUUAUCGCAAAUAUGUACAAAUAUGAAAAUGGUAUUGAUCUUCCCAUCUAAUUCUUCACCAUAAGAGUGUUUCCCAAAAAGUCGAACUAUCCCUUUAAGGUGGCCAACUAUAGUGCUAGUGUUUGUGUUACAGCGUUCAUCAAUGUAAAAGCGUCAUUUCACAAUUUGACCUAUAAAUUGAAGGUUAUUCCAGCUUUAGUUUUGUCUACUGGCAGUUGAUUUUUCUGCCUUUGCACGGGCCUCGUCAUCCAGAAGCUUUGGUGUGUGUUUGUAGAUGUGUAAUAGCAUUGCAGACGCGAGGAAACGAAAACAGUGGUGAGGCGCGAAAGACCGAGCAUGAACCCUCCAUAGCUCUGGGAUCCAGAAAUAAGUGAAAACACAUUUUGACUGGAAAAAAUGCUCCGGGGCAAGCGGCCCAGGGAUUUGAUCAAAUGGUCUUUCAGACCUCGUAUGUAAUGCAAGUGAAAGAAUAGGAAAGCCUGGAAAAGCAAAAGCGUAUAAACAACAUGUGCUCUUUAGAAAGAAAACCUCAAGCUGUAAAUUCAAGGUUACCAGCAAUUCUUUUUAUAUAUACAGUAUAUAUAUAAAAAAAGAUCUGCCUACUUGUUUAGCCAGUAUCCCGCCUCUCAAUAUGAGACCUUCCAACAGAAUAAUUCCAGUGUUUUCUUUGGUAUUUUCAUGCGUUCCUCCCUGGACUUGUUGUACUUGACCCUUCUCGUUCCCCCGAGCGGACGCUCACAGCGGCAGCUGGUUUGGAUCCGAAGGUUUUUUAUCGUUUGUUGUCAGCCAGUGUGACCGUCGGCUCCGUCAGGAGGUCAGACUCAGACACGGAGAUCACGUCCUAGCUUCUUGUUUACAUUACAUGCUUCUCGCUCCUUUGCCGCUCUUUUGGACGCAAGCGGUAAAUACAUGGUGACGCAGACUCCUGUGACAGCUACAUGCCUUUUCGCAAUCUGCGUCUUCAACGGGGUAUUUAUACACACGUGCAUUUUGUGUGUCUGCACACAGUUUUUGUUUAGCAUCCUCCAACUGCCACCUGCACAAACAGCCAAUCGUCACGUACCAUCUUCUGUCAUGUAAAUAGGACUGGAUAUACUGUAUCAUGGCAUGGUAGAGUGUGAAUCACGUGUGUCUCAAAUGUCUCAUGAUAUGGACAUAUUCUUUUUAUACUAAAAUCUGUUUCACCGUUUCAACAGUGUUACCAAACUUUGCAGCUGUGUAAAAAUUACAAAUAAAAAGUGUAACAUGAACAAAAAUAAAAUGUUUUACAUAAAAUGCA